CGCCAAGUCCGUUUUUGCGGUUAUGAGCUUCUCCUCGCAUGACUCAUCAUCAUCUCUCGACAAUAUACGCUACAGCUUCGCUAGCUAUCUUCCACGCUUGCACGGCGGAACAGGGUUAUAGUUAUCCUAGGCCUAACAAUCCGCUAACACCAGGUGGUGAUCACGGUGGCAAGCCAGGAGGUCCAGGUUUUCCUGGAACUCCAGGUGGAUAUCCAUCACCAGGUGCUCCUGGAGGAUAUCCAUCGCCAGGUGCUCCUGGAGGAUAUCCAUCGCCAGGUGCUCCUGGAGGCCCAGGUGGUAACGGAGGACCUGGAGGAUAUCCUAGUGGGAAACCAAGUGGUCCAGGAGGCCCUGGCGGAUAUCCUGGCGGAAAACCAAGUGGACCAGGUUUUCCAGGCGGCGGACCUGGUGGAUCAGGAGGUCCAGGUGGUCCUGGUAGUUAUCCUGGGGGCGGACCACAAGGACCAGGAGGACCUGGAGGUUAUCCUGGCGGAAAACCAAGUGGACCAGGUUUUCCGGGCGGCGGACCUGGUGGAUCAGGAGGUCCAAAUAGACCAGGAGGUCCUGGUACUUAUCCUGGGGGCGGACCACAAGGACCUGGAGGUCAUGAAGGCUAUCCUAGCGGAAGACCAGGGGGACCAGGUUUUAUGGAAGGUCCAGGAGGUUAUCCUGGUAAUGGACAACAAGGACCAGGACAGGGAGGACCAGGAGGGCCAGGUGGGUCAGGAGGAUAUCCAAGUGGACGACCAGGAGGACCAGGAGGACCAGGAGGCCCAAGUGGUCCAGGAGGGUAUCCGAGCGGAAGACCUGGAGGACCAGGAAGUCCGGGGGGUUAUCCUAGCGGGGGUCCACAAGGAGGAUAUCCCGGCAGUAGACCUGGAAGUCCAGGAAGUCCUGGAGGCUAUCCCAGUGGAGGACCACAGGGCCCAGGAGGUCCACAAGGCCCAGGAAGUUAUCCAGGAGGCCCAGGAGGUCCACAAGGCCCAGGAAGUUAUCCAGGAGGCCCAGGAGGUUAUCCAGGAGGUAAACCAGGAAGACCGGGUAGUCCAGGGGGGCCUGGAGGCUAUCCUGGUGGAGGACCGCAAGGCCCGAGUGGGCCAGGAGGCCCAGGAGGACCGGGAGGAUAUCCUGGCGGAAGACCUGGUAGUCCAGGAGGUCCUGGAAGCUAUCCUGGGGGUGGUCCGCAAGGCCCAGGUGGACCGGGAGGCCCAGGCGGCCCGGGAGGCCCAGGAGGACCCGGAAGAUAUCCGGGCGGUAGACCUGGCGGACCAGGAACCCCUGGAGGUUAUCCCGGUGGGGGUCCUCUAGGCCCAAGCGGGCCAAGUGGACCAGGUGGUCCUGGUGGUCCACAAGGGCCGGGAGGACCAGGAGGUCCUGGGGGUCCAGGUGGUUUUCCGGGCGGUUUUCCAGGCUCAAGUGGAAAUGAAGUGCCGUACGACGAGGGUGAUUAUUCUGCGAUACCUGGCGAGCCUGGUCGUGAUUAUCCUAUAUAUUCCGAAAUACCAGAAACAAGUUUCCGUUGUGAAAAUCAACAAUUUCCUGGAUAUUAUGCAGAUGUUGAAGCUCAGUGCCAAGUCUUCCAUAUUUGUGCCAAUAAUAAAACGUACGACUUCCUUUGCCCAAACGGAACUAUCUUCCAUCAACAAUAUUUUGUAUGUGUGUGGUGGAACCAAUUCGACUGUAGCACUGCUCCAAAUUUCUACUAUUUGAAUGAAAAUAUUUAUGACUACACUAUAAUGGGAGGACCUGAAAUGUUCCCUGGAGGCCCAGGAGGCCCUGGAGUUUUUCCCGGCGGUACAGGUGGCCCUGGAGGUUUCCCUGGAGGCGGACCACAAAGUAAACCAGGUGGACCAGGUGGUCCGAGCGGUCCGGGCGGCUUCCCUGGCGGUGGACCUGGAGGUCCAGGAGGGCCAGGUGGACCAGGAGGUUAUCCUGGUAGUCGUCCAGGUAGCCCAGGAGGGCCUGGCGGACAAAAUGGAAAACCUGGUGGAUAUCCAGGUGGUCCAGCAUACUUAGCACCUAAUGGACCUCAAGGACCAAGUGGUCCAGGUGGUCCAGGCGGUCACGGAGGUCCGGGAGGACCAGGAUAUAGACCAGGUGGGCCAUCAUUUCCCAGUGGACCGUCAGGUCCGUCGAGACCUGGUGGUUUUCCUGAUGGUAAACCAUCCCCAGGAGAAACGCCAUUCCCGCCUCAAGGGCCUUCGAAACCAGAACGCGAAUACUUGCCACCCCGAGUCGGUUAAUCUUAUGAAUUAUUUAACUGCGUUAAUUUAAAAUUUCACGCGUAACAAUCGCCGUUGGUGAUACUUGAACCAUAUUGUAAAUACAAGCCUUCUUACCUUUUAGCUAAGUUAAGUAAUAUGCUAUUCAUUUCGAUGGAUAAUUUAAUCAUUUCUUUAACGAUAUUUGUUUCGUCGUGCAGGUUUCUUUAAAGUAACUUUUAAUGUUACC